CUAAUACUAUAGUUGCGCAGUGCGUUACCGGUUACCCACCUCCGACAGCUAACUAAGUAUCAUUUCCGACUGGUCGCAUAGUUUCUCCAAAUGCUAUACUCGUCGACAAGAGCCGCAAAGGGCGAUUUCCACCCGCUCUGCGUUCAUUUGGAUUCCCAAUAAUGCGAAUUGAGUUCAAGUGACUCAAGGAGGCUGAGGACUAGCCAAAGUCAGGGGCGCUGCAAUUGUCUUGACGUGACGACUGGCAUUGCAAUCUUGGAUUCGUCCUGAUCGAGAAGUAAUACCUAGCAGUGCCAGCGCGUCACGCCUGUAUCCUUCAAAAGCAGACGGGAGAGGACGGGAAAACCCCGCAAUUUAGCAUAUCUGUCCUUCGAAUUUCAGCCUCUUACCUUGUGCACAUAAUGGUCUUCUUACCUUCAACUGCCUCUGCUGCUUCAGCAGUCGAUGUCAGUCUCAAGCGUAGCCAUGUCGACUAUUCUCGCUAUCUAUCAGCGGAAGCCCGUUCCAGGCUCCCUAAUCCAAUUAAGUCCAUCUGGAAAGCUGCUCAGGUCAAACCUGGCACCAUCAAUAUGGGAAACGGUGAUCCGCAUCAUACGUUGUAUCCCAUAUCCGAGGUGAAUUUUGUCGUUCCUUCCAUUGACGAGCAUGACCCCGUGCAAUCAUGGAGGUCUGGCACUGGAGAGCAAAAUAUCAUUGCUUCAUAUAAGGACGAGCCCUGCGCUCUGAGCCUUCGUACCGCCUUUGCGUAUGGUGCUGGUGCUGGUCUCAAGGAUGUCCGCGAUGCCCUUGCAGACCUCAACGACAGGAUCCACUCUCCUCCCAAUCACACCGUCUCGCUUAGCCUUGGCAAUGCAGACGCGCUGACAAAAUGCUUCCGUCUUCUCGGUGACCCAGGCGACUCUUUCCUCUGCGAAGAAUUCACCUUUUCUGCUAUGACCAAUGCUGCUCUGCCCCUAGGCAUUGAAUGGGUCCCGAUUCGGAUGGAUAACAAUGGACUCGUUCCUUCAGAUUUGGAACGAAUUUUAUCCAACUGGGAUGAAGGAAAACAAGGUAAACGACCCCAUGUGCUUUACACGAUCCCGUGCUCGCAGAACCCGACAGGAAGCACCCUUUCAUUGGAAAGAAGGCAACAGAUAUAUCAAAUUGCACACGAUUGGGAUAUCAUCAUCCUUGAGGAUGAUCCCUACUUUUUCCUCCAGUACGAUCUUGGCGUGAGCCAGAGUACGAUACAACAGUAUGGACACACACGUGCCAUGGCGGAAGUUCUCCCUCGGUCAUUCCUGUCCAUGGAUUAUGAUGGACGCGUAAUGCGCCUGGAUAGUUUCAGUAAAAUCGUUGCCCCCGGAAUGCGGCUCGGCUGGGUCACGAGCAACAGCUACUUCGCAGAUAAACUUGACAUGCUGACGGACUCGUCCUCGCAACAUCCACAUGGCAUGGGCCAAGCUUUCGUUGCCGAGUUGCUUGGCAGUAAUGGUUGGGGCGUCGAUGGCUUUAUGAAGUGGAUCUUAUCGCUAUGCAACGAAUAUCAACGUCGGAGGGAUCUCUUCAUGGAUGUCUUCCGGCAGAAGGUUGCCACUUCCGGCUUCGCCACUGCGGAAGUACCACAAUCUGGGAUGUUUGUUUGGAUCAAAAUCAACCUUGAGCAUCACGCACGGUUCUCGGCAUCUCAGACCCCGACGGUCCCAGGCGGUCCGACGACAAACACCGCGGACCUCAUGGACGAGCUGUUCCGGAAGCUACUAAACAACGGCUUGGUCAUGAUGCCAGCAUCGACAUUUGCCAUCGCUGAUCGCACGGGGAUGAUGGGAAGCCACAUUAAUGACCGAGUGAACUUCUUCAGAGCAACGUUUGUUGGCACAGAUGAAACGAUUCGUAAUGGUCUUACGACAUUUGGCCGCACACUGGAGGAAUUCUUCCUCUAGAUCUUAUACCGUCGACGCCAAGCCACUUGUUCCGUUUUAGGUUGCAUGUAUAAAGUGCUUGACUCUACUCGCUAUUGUCAUUUAUCCUAAUCUAUUGCAUGUUAUGCAUUGAUAUGUACAUUGUGUGUAUCGCAUUAAUUACUACAUAUGUACUACUAGUACACCCUACUUGCGCCUAUUAUUUAUGUGACUUCUGUGGAAUUUCGCAUAGCAGCUUGAUGGUGAAUAGCGUCGCGACUUUGUUG